UGAACUCACGCUCAAAAACGUCUCGACCAAUCAUUUCAUCCGGUGCCCCAUCGGACUUUUCCUCCGACUUAAUCACCUCCUGUUCAGUGGGUGAUUGACCUAGGUCCCGCUCUGGCUCCGAUUUUCGUAGGGAUCCAUUUUCAUCAAGCCUACGCUUCCACUCGUCUCGUUCUACCCGAGACAGCUCGAACGCUCUCCAGGCGUCCUUCUGUUACCAGGAUCCGGGCCUUUGCCCUUAUCCCGUGAGGGGCCGGCAACCGGAUGUUCCUUUUCAUGGGAGCUGUCUGACCAAUCAGCCUCUCCCAGUUGUCUUGGGUUUAUCAUUUAACCCGCCCAGAGCUUCCUCGAUCACACCUGACUCAGCCUUGGACUCAGGGGUAUCGGCGCCGAGCUCCGACGUCGGGGCUUGGGUUCUCUCUUCGACAGCGCUAGCGAGGCUAGCGUAUCGGUUGGCAAUGAGCCGUAGGACUUCGGGGGACAUGGAGGCAGCUGCCUCGUCCACUAUCGAGUACUCAACCUACGGCUACUGGCAUUCUCCCGGUGGGUACGCGCAGUUCGACCAGUCGCCACCGUCCAGGGU